GGAUAUUUCACUCCGGUAGCUGUUUUGUUCAUUUUACAAUUAUCGCAAGAUGUUGGCGGCAAAGAUGUUCCAUGUCUUCCAUGCUUAUGCUUUGAAAAUGAAGCAGCUUUUGGAAGCACAUAAGUAGGCAAAAACAUGCAUUUGGCGACAAUGAGAAGACCAAAUAUAAACAGUACAUACAUGACAUGUACUUCAGAGCCGAAAGCAGAAUGACGGGUGGUUUGGAACCUGUUCAUAAGCCUCGCAAUUUGCUCAGCAUUGACGAUCGUUGCCCCAAGAGUUCUUAUCAUGUUCCACCCGCUGCAUGUACCGGACUUUUACCACCCAAAAUGGAAGAAAUCGACAUAAGCUACGGCAAAUUGGCAUUGCCUAUCUAUGAGUUUUAUGUUCACACGAACAACAGUCUUAAAACUGUUAGGGCGGCAGGGUGCAUGUUAUACUGCUGGGAAGGACCAGUUCAUGGCUUAGAAAUUAUUGAAAAUAUCGAUUUGAGCUUAAACUUCUGUGAUCAUAUAAAACUUGAUUUUUUCACGGGAUUUAAAACUGUAAAAAACCUGAAUUUAUCGAAUAAUUUCAUUUCCGUCUCAAUUGCAAAGAAACCGCUGUUUGAACAAAAUCAUGAACUAGAAGUACUUGACCUUUCAAACAAUAGGAUAUCAUUUAUCAAACCCGAUUUGUUUAAAAAUCAAAUUAAUUUGCAGUAUUUGAGUCUUUGCAACAAUAACAUGAUGGAUUUUGAAAUAAAUAUAUCCCAUCUCACACAACUUGAGUAUUUAGGCCUCAGCAACAAUCAGAUUCAAACAUUAUCAGAUGGGAUGUGGAAAGAGUUUCUUCCUAAUAUCCUUAACCGACAAGAAAAGAAAACUCUAACAGUAGAUCUUAGACAUAACCCGAUCGAGUGUAAGUGUGAAAAUCUAGACUUUCUGAAAUGGAUUCAUUCAAAUAUGGAAAACGGUUCCAAACUGUAUGUACGUGUGUCGUCUUGCAUUAACUCCAUCCACUAUAAAGACCGUGUAAACAUUACUGAGAAAAACCAGCUGAACACUCAGAUAGAAUAUCUUGAAAAGAUUUGCGCAUCAUAUACACAUCUCAUUAUUGGUCUUAGUGUGGUUAUUGCUAUUGCUGUGAACAUUAUUGUUGCUGUAAUAGUACAUAGAAACAGAUGGAAAAUACGAUAUUGGUUCUACGUGAGCUGGAACAAAUCGGAAUCCAGAAAAGGUUAUACGUCACUGGAUCACCGCGGUUCAUUCAUGUUCGGAUACAAGUACCAUGUUUACGUUGCAUCGUUUGAAGAAGACAGGGAGUUUCUUAUAGAACAUUUGUCCCCAAAACUUCGCGAAAAAGGCUAUAAACUCUUCCUGCAAGACGAUGAUAUCCUUCCUGGCCAGAACUUGUGCAAUGUGAUCGGAAACGCACUUCACGUCAGUCGAACGUUGCUUUGCGUAGUCUCUAGAAAUAGCUGUCUUAGCACUGAGGAGUGGAAGGUCCUGAUUCACAUGGCACACGAAGAAAGGAACCAACGGGGAAAACGCAUGUGCAUGACCAUGGUUUUAAACACAACUAAUUGGUCUGUGUCUUUGCCAAGGUCAUUAAUGGAACUGUGUGUGUCGGAAAUAAUCGACUUUCCUGAGAAUGAAGACGAACAACCGGCAUUCUGGAAUGAUUUGACGGUAAAGCUGGACGAGGUUGACAAUACACCUGUUUAUAUGUAGAGACAAUUUUUUUGGAAAACUUGUGUGUAACUUACUGUGUUGACUUAAAGCAAAUACUUACUUUGUAUAAAUUGGUUUGCAAUCAAUUGUGUAAUACUGAUUAUGUUUUGAUUUGGAAAAGUUAGCCAAAGUGUGUAUUAAUAUAUAUCCAAUAAUUGCUACUUACUAGGUUAUCAUUUCAAUGAGCAAACUAGACUUAGGCCAAUCUGUUGAAAAGUAUUCCAAUUUAAAAACAAUAAGCUGCUAAUAUAUACCAUGAAUUGCAUUAUUUCAACUGUGUAUUUGUACAUAUUGUCUUUUUGUUUGCUAUAUAAUG